AUGUACUUUGCCAAAGAAAAUCCUCAGUAUGGCCAGAAAGCAGUUGACUAUAUCUUUAAGAAUUUCUAUGUAGACGAUGGUUUAGAAAGUGUCGACUGUGUACCAGAGGCUAUUAAACUUAUUCAAGAUGUUCGAAACCUCUGUGCAGAUGGUAAGCUUUGUUUACACAAGUUCAUUUCUAAUGAUAGAUCAACUGUGGAAUCUUUACCAAACUUUGAACGUGCCAAAAACAUAAAGGACUUGGACCUUUCAUUUGGUAAGCUGCCGAUUGAAAGAGCUUUGGGAAUUGACUGGUGUAUUGAAUCAGACUCGUUUCGAUUUAAACCAACUGUUAAACAUCAUAUACCAACAAGGCAUGGUAUACUGUCUGCUAUUGCCUCGAUAUUCGAUCCCCUCGGUUUGCUUGCACCCUUCAUACUUCGAAGAAAACUUAUCCUACAGGCAAUGUGCAAGAAAAGGAUUGACUGGAAUAAAUCCAUACCAAACAGCUUACAGCCAAAGUGCGAUUCAUGGCUCCCAGAUCUAUCUCGACUCACUGCUGUGAGAAUUAAAAGAUGUUUCAAGCCUGAAUACUUUGGAGUUUUGAAAAAGGUGGAAUUGCAUCACUUCUCGGAUGCCAGUCUGACAAGCUAUGGUCAAAGCCCUACUUUCUUAUACAGAAAGAAUCUAAAAGUCCCUGAGGUAACCGAAUUGAGUAUCACAGCAGAUGACCCAGAAUUAAAGAAUACAAGAGUGCUUGCCAACACCUCGGGGGGACUACCCAUGCAAGAUCGUUUAAACUAUUUUACGGAUUGGUCUUGGGCUGUAAAGGCAAUUGUGAUGCUGAAGCAGUACCUGUCCAAGAAACAAAUUCUGACUCCAGUGGAAAACAAGCAACUAGCAGUAUUAACAAUAGUGAAGUGGGUACAGCAUGAAGCAUAUGCUAAAGAGAUAUAUUUGUUUUCACUAAAACCUUAUUUAGAUGAAAAUGGAGUACUACAGAAUCAGAAUAAGUUAACUGCUACUCAGAAAAUAAUGGAAAAUAGAUUCCAUGAAGAUGAUGACCAAAUCAGUUCAGCUUUUGAUAUUCUGGUAUCUUCAAAACUACCAGACAACGAAGACCAGAUUGCAGAAUAUGGUACAGCUGAAAUAGAAAAGUUGUGUUAUUUUAUUGGUACAGAAAAGUCAAGAAUACUCAGUAAAACCGGAACAAGACUAAAUACGUCUUCCCUUAGAACAUUCAUGUAUGAGGCUAUGGCAAUUGACAACAGUCGACCCUUAACUGCCGAAAACUUGAAUGAUCCAACCGGACUUGCCCUGCUUACACCUAAUCAACUCUUAACCAUGAAAUCUGAUGUAGUGUUGCCUUCUCCAGUUGUCUCAUGCCUCGGAGCUAGUGUUACGCCGACGGAGUCAAGUCCGACCGAGGCGCCCUCGUCUAUAGCUAAAGAGGAUUUGUCACCAGAACCGACAAUGGGAGAUGAUUCCACGGAAGGUGACAAUGAUGACGAGAGUGAUGACGUCACGCCACCUGCGGCCGUCGUAAAGGAAACAUCGCCGGCCAAUGUGGAAGUGGAAACGACAGAAGAAAGUGCAGCAACUACUGAGUCGCCGAUAGAGCAGACGACAGAGCCGUCGGUCCCUAAAGUAGGUAACUUCAGUUUGAAAGACAAAAAUGGCAACAUCUGUUUAAAAGCCGUGUUUGCAGCCUGGUUUGAAUGUGGAUAUUACAGCGGCGAUGAGUCGAGCCCCACAUUCCUCACCACACUGGUACCGAUGUUUGACAACAGCAGAGUUGACGGCAAAUGUGGAGACAUCUAUGAACAAUCUAUUCUCAACAUUCGGUGGGGAGGUGACAAAUAUUUAUUGAAAAUGACGUUCGACACGGAUCAAACAAACUCAAGCAAGGAAGUUGGAACGUGGUUCGCCAAGUCCCUUCACUUUACCUAUGAUACAAGUGACAAAACAUAUUUCACGGACGCUGUGAACGCCGGUUCAAGGACAGUACAGACGUAUGAAGACACCACGUUUUUCGAUACCCCAUUAAAGCAAUCCUUUAUGUGCCAAACGCAGGACAACAUUAAGAUGGGGUCAGAGGACAGUGAAGAAAAAGUCAUUCUAAAGAUUUCCAAUUUGCAAAUCCAGCCAUAUGAGGUAGAAGAUGACAUGUUCAGUGAAGACCCACCUCUAGAGAAAACAGAUAUGUUAAAUGGCUGUUGUCGUCGCACAGAAUCCAUCAUCGAAUCUGAUUUGUCGUGA